CGCGCUCGCGCCCCACUCUCUUGCGCGCCCCUCUCCGCGCACUUCUCCUCUCCGAGCCCCGCUCCUCCGAUCCCCGCUCCUCCGCCCCGCGCCUCCUCUCCGGUCCCCGCGCCCGCGCCGAGAUGCUGCGCUGCGGCCUGGCCUGCGAGCGCUGCAGGUGGAUCCUGCCCCUGCUCCUGCUCAGCGCCAUCACCUUCGACAUCAUCGCGCUGGCCGGCCGCGGCUGGCUGCAGUCGAGCAACCACCAGGAGACGUCCUCGCUGUGGUGGCGAUGCUUCCAUGAGGGCGGCGGCAGCGGGUCCGCCGAGGAGGGCUGCCUUAGCCUCAUGGAAUACGCGUGGGGCAGGGCAGCCGCCGCCAUGCUCUUCUGUGGCUUCAUCAUCUUGGUGAUCUGCUUCAUCCUCUCCUUCUUUGCCCUCUGUGGACCGCAGAUGCUGGUCUUCCUGAGAGUCAUUGGAGGCCUCCUGGCCCUGGCAGCGGUGUUCCAGAUCAUCUCCCUGGUCAUUUACCCCGUGAAGUACACCCAGACCUUCAACCUUCAUGCCAACUCUGAUGUCACCUACGUCUACAACUGGGCCUAUGGCUUUGGGUGGGCGGCCACCAUCAUCAUGAUCGGCUGUGCCUUCUUCUUCUGCUGCCUCCCCAACUACGAGGACGACCUCCUGGGCAACGCCAAGCCUCGGUACUUCUACACGUCCACCUAAGGAGGGGAAGGAGGAGGGAGUCGCUGCUGCUGGGGGGACCUGGGGGAAGAAACAGUUUCCUCCAGAAUACCUGCAACCUAUUAAACUAGUCAAAAUGCUAACAUAAUUUGGGAGAAAAUAUUUCUUAAAUGGUGUUAUAGUUUCAUAGUCAUCUUUUAUGUGUUUGUAGAGUUAAACGACUUACUUCUUUGAACUAAUUACUAUAAUAUGCCAAUAUUUCCUUAUGUCUAUCCAUGCCAUUUAUACCACAUUUGUAAAAGAAUAUGAAUGUGAAACUUACCACUUUAUAAGGUAAAAAUGAGAAGGCUUCAAAGAUUUAAGUAGUCUGAUCAAGUUUCUGUUUUUCCCAGAUAGAAUGGACUGGGUUUGUUAAGGGCUAAGGAGAAGAGGGAGAUAUUGGUAAAACUGUCAAUGACCAAAUAUUCUAAGAGAAAUGCAAAAAAUAAAUAUUUUUUUAAGCGUUCAGCUAUUUAAAGAAGCAAAAUAGUUUCCUAAAUGCAUAUCGUUUGUGAGAAUUUCUAAUUAAUAUCCUAAAUAAUGGAUUUUUUGCCAAGCUUCACGUUAACCUGAUAUGGCAUCUAGGAAAGUAUUCUUUCAUGGCCAAAGGCUGUUGCAGUAGUGGGGCCUCCUUAUGUAGCGAAAUGUUAAGGUGAAAUAUUCUCUUUUAAAGUGGUUUAUAGGGUUAGGGUGUGGGAAAAUGCUGUGUUGAUAAGUCUGUACGGUUUUGUGUCUGUAUGUUCAGGACCAAAGUAGGUUGGACUGAAAGAUGGCCUGGGUCUGGUUCAUCCCGACCCAUAGAUGUGGUAGGCUGCUCGGUAAGGAGGGCCGUUCCUGUGACAGAAGGAGAAGAGGUGGCUGAGUUUUCCAUCUCAAGGUGACUGGGCUCUGAUCGUGCGGAUACAGCUUCUGCUAGGCUGCCUCUGUAAGCAAACACUUAUAGCUAAAAACCUGGUCUUCCCUGGUAAACAAUUUAAAAUAUCUGAACAUGCAGCAGGGGAAUUCAGGGAUGGGAGAUUUCUCUGAAUGACAAAUAUAUGAUGUAUCGCAUGGAUUAUUAUUAUUUUUUUUACCAUUUGUACUUAUAUAAUGAAAACCAAUUCAUUUUAUAUAUCAAAUUAUUAUUUUGUAGGUUGCAGAAUAAGCAAUGGCAGUUUUCAACAUGAAUAUUUCCCAAUAAACCAGGUGUUCUACUCUUGUUUCUA